ACAAAACCGUCUGGCAGUGUGACCAUUUCGAUAACGAUGUCAUAGCCGUUUAUGACUAUCGAUGUUUCUUUAGAUUUUCUUGAUCUAACAGACAAGCUUAAAUUUAAAUCUACUGAGGAUUUUUAUUUGUGGCCAACUACUUUCAAACGAGAAGUAGCCAACCCGCUCUUCUUCGAAUCAUCUUUAUUAUAUAUUAAAAUUUUGAAAAAUCCAUUUACCUUGGAUCUGCCUUUUAUCUAAAAAAUAAAUGAUUUUUAAAUCCUCAAUCAAAUAUCUGAUUCGCAACCCAUUUCAACUUAUCACCAAAGCGGAAGUUCAUUGCCGUACUCACCGCUGUAAACAAUAAUAAAAUCAGAGAAUCUGGAAGAUAGUAAAAUAAAAAACCCAACUGACAAUGCUUAAUUACGGCCAACGGUGCAGCUUCUUCAGAAAUCGUGUACCCGUCCAGAUAACGGCUGCCAAUUGAUAAAGCGCUAGCGAAUAUAUCGACUUACGGAUUGUAAAAGCUGGUUAGUUUCCAUUCGUCCGGAGAGCCAUGCAAAAGCCUCGAGUCCCGAUUUCGUUUCUCCUGCAAUUCGGGAUUCUUUUCAUCCUGGAAGCGUUCCGUGUAGAAGCAGCAGCUCAACGGUCUCCAGACAGUCGGAUUGUCAAUGGAAGAGAAGCCGCGGAGGGAGAAUUCCCAUACCAGUUAUCUCUGCGCCGCCAAACGGUUCACAUCUGCGGUGCCUCGAUCCUGUCCAGCAACUGGGCCAUCACGGCCGCCCAUUGCAUCGAUGGUCAUGAGAUGCAACCACGGGAGUUUACCCUGCGUCAAGGAAGUGUCAAGCGUUCUACGGGCGGAACUGUCCAGCCGGUGAAGACCAUCCACAAACAUCCGGCCUACGAUCGGGCGGACAUGAACUUCGAUGUGGCCCUCUUGCGAACGGCGGAUGGAGCACUAAGUUCCCCGCUGGGCAAGGUGGCUCCGAUUCGAUUGCCCGCUGUGGGCGAGACCAUCUCGGAUAGCAUUCCCGCCAUCGUCUCCGGAUGGGGUCACAUGAGCACCACCAAUCCCGUUUUGUCGCCGGUACUCAAGAGCACCACUGUGCUGACUGUCAACCAGGAAAAGUGCCACAACGACUUGCGACACCAUGGAGGCGUAACAGAAGCAAUGUUUUGUGCUGCCGCCAGAAACACGGAUGCUUGUCAAGGUGACAGCGGAGGUCCGAUUACCUCCCAGGGAACCCUUAUCGGAAUAGUCUCCUGGGGAGUGGGAUGCGCAGAUCCGUACUAUCCGGGAGUUUACACCCGCCUGGCCCAUCCAACUAUCCGCCGGUGGAUUCGGCUGCUCACGAAGUUGUAGACUUUUAGCUAAUUCGUUAGAAACUAAUACACGAAGGUACCACAGCAUAAAUCAGUUAAAGUCUUUUCUGUUAGAAGGGGUCGUUUAAUACGUGAAAAAUGUAGUAGGGAAAUGGUUUAUUGCGGAUUCUUGUGG